AUGGGGCCCUCAACAGUCAAGGUUGACUGUAGAAUACGUGCAGAAACUAUAAACCUCUACAUGAUCUGCUUGUGUGACCCCGGGGCAGGGAAGUCCCCUGCCUUUCAACACGGCUGUGCACAGCCAAUAAGGUUUCACUUCAGGCAAAAGAGGAUAACCCUUUAUUUGUCGAUGAAUUUACGGAAGCUGGGCUAUUCCGGCAGCUUAAAUCAAUGCCUGGCCAUAAAGCCAUCGUUGGCAAGGAGGAAGCAUCCCAGUUUUUUGAUCAGCUGCUUGGUGCUUCCAGGGAAAAGAGCUGCAUAG